AUGGCCUCGCCCUACACCGUCCUCGUAACCGGCUCCUCCGGCCACCUCGGCGCGGCCCUGAUGCUCUCCCUCCCGUCCGCGGGCCACAUCCCCCUCGGCAUCGACAUCCUCCCCUCCCCGACGACGACGACCGUCGGCUCCGUCACAGACCGGGCCCUCGUAGCCUCUAUCCUCGCCACGCACGCUUCUAUCACCCACAUCGUCCACGCGGCAACCCUCCACAAGCCGCACGUCGACUCCCAUCCGAAAUCCGCCUUCAUCGACACAAACAUCACCGGCACCCUCGUCCUCCUAGAAGAAGCCGCCCGACUUCCCCAAUCCCGCAUCAAAUCCUUCAUCUUCGUCUCCACGACCUCGACCUUUGGUACAGCCCUGUCCCCGAAACAGGGCCAGCCGGCCGCCUGGAUUGACGAGUCCGUCACGCCCAUCCCCAAGAACAUUUACGGCGUGACAAAGUGCGCCGCCGAAGAUCUCUGCAGCCUGGUUCACCGCCAGACCUCCUUACCCGUGCUGGUCCUCAGGACGUCCCGGUUCUUUCCCGAGCCAGACGAUGACGAGGACCGCCGCGCGGCCAUGGGAGACGCGAACCUCAAGGUCUGCGAGCUGGCUUACCGCAGGGUAGAUAUUGCCGACGUCGUCUCGGCCGUGGUGUGCGGUAUGGAGAGGGCGUCCGCUCUCGGAUUUGGAAAGUACAUCAUCUCCGCGCCGCCGCCCUUUGCGGUUGCUCUGGAGGACGACAGCAACAAGAACGUCAGUGAUAACAAGGUAGGAGCCGCCGCCGCUGCCCGUGCAGCGCUUCUACGCCGCUUGGACACGGAUGCGGGCGCCGUUUUCGCGGAGGUCGUGCCCGGGUGCGCGGUCGUGUUUGAGAAGCUCGGAUGGACGUGCCUCGGCAGGCUGGACCGGGUAUACGACUCCUCCAAGGCGGUCAGGGAGCUCGGAUGGAGGCCCCAGUGGACGAUUGGUAAGGUUGUUGAGAAGCUUUCGAGGGGGGAGGAUUGGAGGAGCGAGCUGACGCACAAGGUUGGCAAGAAGGGGUAUCACGCCGUGUCGACUGGCGUGUAUACUACGCGUGACUGA